AUGGAAGCAAAUGAGACCACAGAAGGCCCUCAGGACACUAAGGAUGCAAAGGAACACCCUUCUUUAAAGGACCCCCACGCCGAAGACUUGUACGAGGCCACGACCCAUGAAACUCCCUUACAGCUCUCCAGCUCGCAGAAACAUUCCCAGCCUCCAGAGAUCCACCUUGAAACAUCUGAGUCCCUGCAUCCCGACACCAAGGGCUCUGAGGACCCCCAGGGUCCUUCUGCCUCUGGAAUGCCUGUCAAGUCCAGUUCUUCUGGGCUUCUUUCCCCACCACCCCAACUGUCUCCUCAAUCUGUGACCUCUCUAGAAAAGGCCAUCGCUGAGAUUCCUUUGGAGGAGUUUGACUAUGGCAGUCCUAUCUCCGAAGUCCAAAGAGGACCUCUUGAGGUCUCACCAACAGCCAAGAUCCCCGAGUAUGAGAAUCCCAUCUCCGAAGUCCAAAGAGGACCUCUUGAGGUCUCACCAACAGCCAGUAUCCCAGAGUAUGAGAAUCUCAACUCCGAAGUCCUAAGAGAACCUCUUGAGGUCUCACCAACAGCCAAGAUCCCAGAGUAUGAGAAUCUCAACUCCGAAGUCCAAAGAGAACCUCUUGAGGUCUCGUCAAUAACCAGUAUCCCUGAGUCCUCCCAUGAGCUUACCUCUGAUAAAGUCCCACAGACCCAGGUCCCUGAAUCUGAGCACUUUCCAAAGCACUCCUUUUCAGAAUCAUCAACCCAGGCCAAGGAGAACAUAUCUACAAAGGAGGGGGAAGCAGGGGAAGAUGAGCUGGCAGUGGGCACUAGCAAGAUCACUGCAGCCAAGCCUGAGCUUCGUGCAAAGAAGAAGAAGGAGAAAAGAGCUGGUGGUGUUACAAGCCGCCCAGUGGUCCCUGCUAAGCGGGCAGAACUGGUGGAAAUGGCUAAGGCAGUGCACAGAGAGCAAUUUGAGGAUCAGGUGAACAAUCUUUUCCAGUGGGAGAAGGAUUCAACCCUGAAGGCCAUCCAGACAGGUAUCUACAUUGGCUGGCGCUGCCCGCAUUACUUAUGGGACUGUUUCCGGAUAGGAGACGAGUCCAAGUGCUUUUGUGGACAUUUGUUGAGAGAACACCAGAUCAUCUCAGAUCUGUCAGUGCCCUGCAGUGUGAGCCAGUGCAGGUGCCUCAUGUUUUGUUUUAUCCCAUCACGCCCAGAGGAGGUGGGUGAGUUCUGGCUCAAGAAACGGGCCACCUUUGACCCCAAGGCCUGGAGGGCCCAAUGUCGCUGUAAACACACUCACGAAGAACAUGCAGCCACCGGAGCUCAUCCUUGCAGACACCAUGGCUGUUUCUGCCCCUCUUUUGAGUCUAAUUUCCUCUGUGUGGCCUGCGACCGGCGCUGGGAAGAACACGAGACGUUCUUUGAGACUGGAGAUACCAGGAGAAGAGGAAAGAGACCUUAUGGAGCAAACAACAUCAAGAGCUGGCACAAGACUUACUGAGCCUGGGCAAGAUCAGCAAUAAAGUGGAA